AUGCAGAAUUUACCAGUCAGUAUAGUGGUUGGAUCUUGUGUUUGGGUGGAGGAUCCUGAGGUAGCAUGGGCAGAUGGGGAAGUUGUUGAAGUUAACGGUGAACAGAUCAAAAUAAACUGUUCGUCAGGAAAAGCAGUUGUUGCUAAUGUGUCUAAUAUCUACCCAAAAGAUGUUGAGGCUCCUUCCUGUGGUGUGGAUGACAUGACAAAGCUGGCUUAUCUUCAUGAGCCAGGGGUUCUUCAGAAUCUAAAAUCUCGAUAUGACAUGAAUGAAAUUUACACUUACACAGGUAGUAUAUUAAUAGCUGUGAACCCUUUCCAAAGGCUACCUCAUUUAUAUGAUCGCCAUAUGAUGGAAAAGUAUAAAGGGGCAGCCAUUGGUGAGCUCAGCCCCCACCCUUUUGCAAUUGCAGAUGCAGCAUACAGGCAGAUGAUUAAUGAGGGAAUAAGCCAGGCAAUUUUGGUUAGUGGAGAGAGUGGAGCUGGUAAAACAGAGAGCACAAAAAUGCUUAUGUGUUAUCUUGCCUAUAUGGGAGGGAGAGCUGCAGCUGAGGGAAGGUCUGUGGAGCAGCAAGUCCUAGAGUCCAAUCCUGUUCUAGAAGCAUUUGGAAAUGCGAAGACUGUCAGAAACAGCAAUUCAAGUCGUUUUGGUAAGUUUGUGGAGAUCCAGUUUGAUCAACAAGGAAGAAUUUCAGGGGCUGCCAUUAGAACAUAUUUACUUGAAAGAUCACGAGUUUGCCAAGUGUCUGAUCCUGAGAGAAAUUAUCAUUGUUUCUACAUGCUUUGUGCUGCACCACCACAGGAUGUUGAUAGGUUCAAGUUGGGAAAUCCGAGGAUGUUCCAUUAUCUUAAUCAAUCAAAUUGUUAUGAGUUGGAUGGAGUGAAUGAUUGCAAUGAAUAUCAUGCAACGAGAAAGGCCAUGGACAUUGUUGGGAUCAGUUCUGAUGAGCAGGAUGCAAUUUUCCGAGUUGUGGCAGCAGUUCUGCACUUGGGCAACAUUGAGUUUGCAAAGGGUUCAGAUACGGAUUCUUCUGAACCUAAGGAUGAUAAAUCCCGGUUCCAUCUGAAAACUGCAUGUGAGCUUUUGAUGUGUGAUGAGAAGUCUCUUGAAGAUUCCUUGUGCAAACGAGUGAUGGUUACUCGUGAUGAGACUAUAACAAAAUGCCUUGACCCAGAUGCUGCUGCUCUCAGUAGAGAUGCUCUGGCCAAAAUUGUUUACUCGAGAUUGUUUGAUUGGCUUGUGAACAAGAUAAAUAAUUCUAUCGGUCAAGAUCCCAGUUCAAAGUUCGUAAUCGGGGUUCUAGAUAUCUAUGGAUUUGAGAGUUUCAAGACAAACAGCUUUGAGCAGUUCUGCAUCAAUCUAACAAAUGAGAAACUGCAGCAGCAUUUCAAUCAGCAUGUUUUCAAGAUGGAGCAAGAAGAAUAUACGAAGGAAGAAAUUGACUGGAGUUAUAUAGAAUUUGUUGACAAUCAAGAUGUUCUUGAUCUCAUUGAAAAGAAACCUGGUGGCGUCAUUGCGCUUCUGGAUGAAGCCUGCAUGUUUCCAAGAUCAACACAUCAAACAUUUGCACAAAAGUUAUACCAGACAUUCAAAGAUCAUAAACGGUUCCGCAAGCCAAAAUUGUCCCCAACUGACUUCACUAUUUGUCAUUAUGCUGGUGAUGUCACUUAUCAAACUGAGCUCUUUCUGGAUAAGAACAAAGAUUAUGUUAUUGCAGAGCAUCAAGCACUCUUGAAUGCUUCAAGGUGCUCAUUUGUGUCAGGCUUGUUCCCACUCUUGCCUGAGGAAUCUUCAAAAACAUCAAAAUUUUCGUCAAUAGGUUCUCGGUUCAAGCAACAAUUGCAAGCAUUACUUGAAACGCUUGGUGCAACAGAGCCACAUUAUGUUCGAUGCGUAAAACCAAAUAAUCUUCUGAAGCCUUCAAUUUUUGAGAAUUAUAAUGUAUUACAACAACUGCGUUGUGGGGGAGUCAUGGAGGCAAUUAGGAUCAGUUGUGCUGGAUAUCCCACUAGGAGAAAAUUUGAUGAAUUUAUAAGUCGCUUUGGCAUCCUUGCUCCUGAUGUUUUGGAUGGAAGCUGUGAUGAGGUCACUGCUUCCAAGAAGCUUUUGGACAAGGUGGCCAUUAAAGGUUAUCAGGUUGGCAGAAGUAAAGUGUUUCUCAGAGCUGGUCAGAUGGCAGAACUAGAUGCUCAGAGGACUGAGGUUUUAGGGAGAUCUGCCUGUAUUAUCCAAAGAAAAGUUCGUUCAUACUUUGGACGAAAAUUUUUUAUUGCACUGCGCUUGUCUGCCAUACAGAUUCAAGCUGUAUGCAGAGGACAAACUGCACGCUGUUGCUAUGAGUGUAUGAGGAGGGAAGCUGCUAGUGUGAGGAUCCAGGCAGACAUGCGUGCAUAUAUUUCUAGAAAGGCAUAUAAAAUGUUGCACUCUUCUGCUGUUAAAAUUCAAACAGGCAUGCGUGGAAUGGCUGCUCGCAUUGAGCUUCACUGCAGAAAGAAAAAUAAAGCUUCAACUCUUAUCCAGAGCCAAUGUCGGCGAUACUUAGCCCGUCUUCAUUAUUUGAGGAUAAGAAAAGCAGCAAUUGUUACUCAGUGUGCUUGGAGAGGAAGAGUGGCUCGCAAGGAGCUACGGAAGCUUAAAAUGGCUGCUAAAGAAGCUGGUGCUCUCCAAGCUGCCAAACUUAUGCUCGAAAAGCAAGUUGAAGAAUUGACCUGGCAGCUAGAGCAAGAGAAACGCAUGAGGGCUGAUAUAGAAGAAGCAAAGACAACGGAAAAUGAGAAAUUGCAGUCUGCUUUGCAAGAGAUGGAGCUGCAGUUUCAAGAAACUAAAGAACUGCUCAUUAAGGAACGCGAGGUUGCAAAGAAAGCUGCAGAGAUAAUUCCUGUUAUUGAUGAGCUUAUGGCUGAAAGUGAAAAGCUGAAGGCUGACAUGGAGGAAGCAAAAAGAAAGGAAAAAGAGAAACUGCAGUCUGCUUUGCAGGAGAUGCAAGAGAUGGAACUGCAGUUCGAAGAAACUAAGGAACUGCUAAUUAAGGAACUUGAGGAUGCGAAGAAAGCUGCAGAGCAAAUUCCACUAAUGCAGGAGGUCCCUGUCAUUGAUAAUGAAGCAAUUUAUAAGCUUAUGGCUGAAAAUGAAAAGCUUAAGGCUGACUUGGAGGAAGCAAAAAGAAAGGAAAAUGAGAACUUGCAGUCUGCUUUGCAAGAGAUGCCAUUGCAGUUUCAAGAAACCAAAGAACUGCCCAUUAAAGAACAUGAGGUUGAAGAGAAAGUGGCAGAGCAAAUUCCAGUUGUGCAGGAGGUCCGUGUUAUUAAUAAUGAAACGAUGAAUAAGCUUCUGGCUGAAAAUGAAAAGCUUAAGGCUGACAUGGAGGAAGCAAAAAUAAAGGAAAAUGAGAAAUUGCAGUCUGCUUUGCAAGAGAUGCAACUGCAGUUUGAAGAAACUAAGGAACUGCUCAUUAAGGAACUUGAGGAUGUGAAGAAAGCAGCCGAGAAAAUUCCGGUCAUGCAGGAGGUUCCUGUUAUUGAUAAUGAAACUAUUAAUAUGCUUAUGGCUGAAAAUGAAAAGCUUAAGGCGGACAUGGAGGAAGCAAAAAGAAAGGAAAAAGAGAACUUGCAGUCUGCUUUGCAAGAGAUGCAACUGCAGUUUCAAGAAACCAAAGAAUUGAUAAUUAAGGACCAUGAGAUUGAAGAGAAAGCUGCAGGACAAGUUCUGAUCGUGCAGGAGGUCACUGUUACUGAUAAUGAAACGAUUAAUAAGCUUAUGGCUGAAAAUGAAAAGCUUAAGGCUGACCUGGAGGAAGCGAAAAGAAAGGAAAAUGAAAAGUUGCAGUCUGCUUUGCGAGAGAUGCAACUGCAGUUUCAAGAAACCAAAGAAUUGCUAAUUAAUGAACAUGAGAUUGAAGAGAAAGCUGCAGGGCAAAUUCCGGUUGUGCAGGAGGUCACUGUUAUUGAUAAUGAAACAGUUAAAAAGCUUAUGGCUGAAAAUGAAAAUCUUAAGGCUGCCCUGGAGGAAGCAAAAAGAAAGGAAAAUGAAAACUUGCAGUCUGCUUUGCAAGAGAUGCAACCACAGUUUCAAGAAACCAAAGAAUUGUUAAUUAAGGAACACGAGCUUGAAGAGAAAGCAGCAGAGCAAAUUUCAGCUGCUCAGGAGGUCCCUGUUAUUGAUAAUGAAAUGAUAAAUAAGCUUAUGGCUGAAAAUGAAAAGCUUAAGGAUUUAGUAAGUUCUCUAGAAAAGAAAAUUGAUGAAACAGAGAAAAAAUAUGAAGAAACUAACAAGCUUAGUGAAGAACGGUUGAAGCAGGCUUUGGAGGCAGAGUCAAAGAUAAUUCAGUUGAAGACUGCUAUGCAUAGCCUUGAAGAGAAACUUUCUGACAUUGAGACUGAAGACCAACUCCUGCAGCAUCAAGCUUUGAUAAACUCACCUGCUGGGAAAAUGUCAGGACAUUUAGAAAUCAAAACAACUCAGCAUGCAGAAAAUGGUUAUCAUGAACCACAGAGUAUAGAUACUGCUAAAAAGUUUGGUUCUGAAUCAAUGAGGAGAUCCCAGGUUGAAAGGCAGCAUGAACCACAAAAUGUAGCAGCUGCUAAAAAGUUUGGUACAGAAUCAAUGAGGAGAUCCCAGAUUGAAAGGCAGCAUGAGAAUCUGGAUGCUCUUAUCAAAUGUGUGAGUCAAGAUAUUGGGUUCAGUCAUGGAAAACCAGUUGCAUCUUUUACCAUAUACAAAUGCCUUCUACACUGGAAGUCUUUUGAGGCAGAGAAAACUAGUAUAUUCGAUCGUCUUAUCCAAAUUAUUGGUUCUGCAAUAGAGACACAAGAGAACAACCACCUCAUGGCUUAUUGGCUAUCAAAUACAUCUACAUUGUUGUUCUUGCUUCAGAAGACACUGAAAGCUACUGGUGUGUCUUCAGGGAAACCACCACCUACUCCAACAUCAUUCUUUGGGAGGAUGACCAGAAGUUUCCGUUGCUCCCCCUCUUUGGCCAACCUUUCUUUCCGAGGCCUUGAUGUGCAAGUGAUUGAGGCUAAAUAUCCGGCUUUGCUUUUCAAGCAGCAGCUCACUGCUUAUGUGGAGAAAAUAUAUGGGAUAAUUCGUGACAAUUUAAAGAAGGACUUGUCCCCACUUCUUUCUUCCUGUAUCCAGGCACCAGAAACAUCAAGGGGAAAUGUUUUACAAUCAUCUGGGCAACCUAUUAGUAAUGAUUCUCCUCCAGCUAGUUACUGGAAGAACAUCAUUGAGAACCUAGAUGGCUUCCUUGACAUAUUGAAGCAAAAUUUUGUACCUCCAAUUCUCUGUCAAAAGAUGUUUAUACAGAUAUACUCUUAUAUUAACAUGCAACUUUUUAAUAGUCUUCUUAUUCAUCGGGAGUGUUGCACAUUUAGCAAUGGGGAAUAUGUGAAGGCUGGGCUAGCUGAAUUGGAACUGUGGUGUGGCCAAGAAAAGGAAGAGUAUGCAGGCUCAUCUUCAGAUGAAUUGAAGCAUGUGACACAGGCUGUUGGAUUCUUGGUUAUGCAUCAGAAAUCACAAAUUUCCUACAAUGAUAUUACAAAUGAUCUCUGCCCUAUUCUGAAUUUACAACAGCUUCAUAGAUUAUGCACACUGUGCUGGGAUGAUGACAACAAUACUGAAAGCGUAUCCCCCGAUGUUAUUUCCAGAAUCAAGGAACUAAUGACUGAAGAAGACUCAACUGAUUCAGAUAGCAAUUCCUUUUUGUUGGAUGAUGAUCCCGGUAUUCCAUUCUCAGCAGAUGAGAUUAGCUUCUCUGUGAAAGUGAAGGAUUUCUCAGAUGUAGAACCUGCUGCAGAGCUACUUGCAAAUCCAGCAUUCCAGUUUUUAUCAGAAUUUUUUUGAUGCCGACAGAUGACACGGAUGCCACUUGUCCCGGAAUGAAUGCCCCUUUGUAAAUAUGCCACCAUUUUACAUUACAUCUAUUGGCCCGGAUGUAAAAUUAUGCUUACAAGUUAGAUUUUUAUUAUUUGUAGGCUUGGUCUGACUGUAGUUAGAAAGGGUUUCUCACCAACCAGUGCCCCUAUAUCCUUCCCCCCUCCCCACACACCAAUUCUAGUGUUCACUCUGGGGGGCGGCAUUCUUUGAUUCUUUGUAGUGAUGACAGGAGGGGAACACCAGGAUUUGUUGAUGGGUCUCCUCCAUUUUGUUCUUGUACAGAGUACAAUUUAUUGGCCAAAUAGCCCAAUUGUCAAUUUUUAACUGCACUUGUUUCUGUACCCAACCCUCUUGUAAUAGACUUACUCCAAUAAGAUGUAUUAAUUUAAUGAUGUGACAAUUAGGGUGAUAG